GAACGGUACGUACGGUACGGAAAACAGUGACAGAGCACGAAAAAAGAAAGAACAGAACACACGACAAGAGUUCGAAGGGAAGAAACGAAACAAAGCAGCACCGGUGAACAAACCAACGCACCGACCAACGACGAAGCCAACCAGCCAGCCAGCAAGCAAGCAAGAGCACGAAAAAAGAAAGAACAGAACACACGACAAGAGUUCGAAGGGAAGAAACGAAACAAAGCAGCACCGGUGAACAAACCAACGCACCGACCAACGACGAAGCCAACCAGCCAGCCAGCAAGCAAGCAAGCAAGCAACGCAACGCAACAAAGAAAUGCCAAAACCACCGGCCGCCCCGAAGGAGCCCCAGGUGCACGUCUGGGUGAAGCAGGGAAAGACGGACCACAUGGCAACGCUCGAAGACCCCGGCGUCCUCUCCCUCMUGGACAAGGCGGCCAAGAGGCCGAGGAGGRGGGAGGCCGGCAUCGCCUGGGUUCUCGGCAAACUGGCGCUCUCGGACUGGCUGGAGGAAGUCGGGCCCGACGACCCGGUCCUGGUGCGAUGGAACUCCAACAACCAGAGGGGCACCGCCUGGGCCGGGGGGGUCCGGUUCCGCGACCCGGAGAACGAGGGCCGGCGGGGAGGCAGGAGGCCCCCCCGCGGUGCGAGCGCGAGCGCAAACGAUUGGUUCGUGUGGUCCGGGGCCGGGUCCUUGCAGAAUCCGAAGCGGAAACGGAACAAGAACGACAACGACAACGACAACGAGAGGCCCACCCGCGUUGCAAGUGCGACUGUUACCACGAGCGAAUUGUCGGUGGGAUCCGCGUCCGAGUCCCCGCAAAAGCAGAAACAGAAACAGAAACGGAAACGGAAGAGCGACACGAAAAAAGACAAAAAGAAAAAGCACAAGAAGUGGCCGCUCCUGGUCGCCAUCAAGCAGGAGGAAGCCCCGGAAACCCUUCCGGUGACCGGGGAAGAGCCUGCCRCGGGAGGCGGGGAUCUUGGGCCGYGGGAGCCUCCGUCCAAGCGACCGAGGGAAGGAACRCCGCCACCCRAAGGGGAGGGACGGUGCGAAACAGGGCAAGAGCAAAAGCAAGGGGGGGAGCAAACCCUGGACCCACGGGGGGGUGCUCAACACGAAGCAGAACCACAGCAGCAACAAGACGAACAACAGAAAGACCAACGGCAACCGGAAAAUCAGAAAGAGCAGCAGCCGCAGCAAAAGGAACAGGAACAACGAAAAGAGCAACAACAACAACAACAGGAACAGGAACAACAACAAGUGGUGCAACAACAAGUGGUACAACACAAAGACCAACCGCAAGUGGAAAAUCAGAAUGAGCAACAACCGGAACAAAGCAAACAACGAGAAAAUCAACCUCAACAUCAAAUGAAAAAAGAGCAGCAACAAGAGCAACAACAACAAAGCGAACAAAAUGUAGACCAACCGCCACUAGAAAAGCAGAGGGAGGAACAGCAACAUCAAGGGAAUGAGAGAGACCAAACACGUCAAGAAACAGAGGAACAAGAGAAACAAGGAAUACAACAAAUAACAGAGCAAACUCGAAAACAACAAAAGCAGCAACGRCAAGACCAACAACAGGGAAAGCAACACCASGAACAAGCAAAGCUAGAACGACGAAAAAAGCAAGAAAGACAACGAAGUCAAGAAAUGGAGCAACAGCAAAAACUGAAGGAAAAUCAAAAACAGCAAGGUAGGGAACAAAAUCAAGAUCAGCAAGGACUCGAUAAUAAAGAGCAACAACGAAAGCAGAAAGAACAACAACACCGAGAACAACAACGAAAAGAGAAGGACAAAAAGCAAACCGAAGCGCAAGCUGAAGCUGAAGCGCAAGAACGCCAACARGAAGAGAAAAUGAACAAGAAUCAAAAGCAUCGGAAACCAAUCGAGGACAAACGAGUAACCGAAGUUUCUAAUGAAAACAGGAUUCCACAAAAUCUUUGGUCGGAAUGCCACACAUCCAAACCAUCGAGCGACACGAGUGAACCGAGUGAGUUCUCCCUGCAUCGUCAGUACCAGUACUACACGGAUCUUUUGAACCAAGAAUUUGAUUCCAGCGACGACGAAGUUAUUAUUWGUCGAAUGGAAUGGCGGCGAAAACGAAAAACCUUGAUCAAGACCGAACAGUCGUGGUGAAAAAYGCGGUCUUGUCGGGGGUGUCGCAAUCCYGAUUUUGGCCAUUUCCCACGGGAGUGACAGGUAGGACGUGCCGAUCAACGAUCAAUUCGACUUUGUGACCAACACCAAGGAAUGGUUGUUCAAACUCUAUACACGCAGUACGCAUUCAAUGACGGGUACUUGCAAGAAUCUUUCAAAGUUGUGUAGAUCGGGCGAGUCGUGGAAGAAGUGUGUACUAAACACACAACCUAGAA